CUUAUGAGACCAGUCUACCCCCCCUCCCAUAUUCCUUCUCCUUCUCAUCCCAAUUCAUGUUCUUUGUACAUAUAAAAACUUGCAGAGAAAGCAAAGAAGGAUUAGGAGUGAGACAAGCAAGAAUUAGGUUAAAAAACAAAAAUGGAUUGCUUAUGUUGUUGGUCUGUCUCGAGACCUUUGUAUCUCCUCCUCUUCUUUUACUUCUUUUCUUGCACUGCCAAAGCAGCUUUCAAUCUCUCCACCAUCUCCUUUGAUGAAGGUUACAGCCCUCUCUUUGGAGAUGGCAAUCUUGUUCGUUCUCCUGAUGGUAGAAGCGCCCGCCUCCUCCUUGAUCGCUUCACAGGUGCGGGUUUUAUUUCAUCCAGGAUGUAUAGAUAUGGAUUCUUUAGUGCGAAUAUCAAGUUACCAGGCUAUUACACGGCCGGUCUCUGUGUUGCCUUUUAUACAUCAAACGGGGACAUGUUCAAGAAGACCCAUGAUGAAUUGGACAUUGAAUUCCUGGGAAACACCAAAGGGGAGCCAUGGAGGUUCCAAACAAACUUGUAUGGUAAUGGAAGCACAAGUCAUGGCAGAGAAGAAAGAUAUCGAUUGUGGUUUGACCCCUCCAAAGAGUUCCAUAGGUAUAGCAUUCUAUGGACGGCAAAGAACAUCAUAUUCUACAUUGACGAUGUUCCCAUCCGAGAGGUGAUUCGCAAUGAAGAAAAGGGCAUUGUUCAUCUUGAUUAG